AUGGUUUCAUGCAUCUUAAGACCGCUUCUCUUUAUACUGCUAUUUCUUCCACAAGCAUCCUCUAACGAAGGAUAUGGAAAAAAAAAAGAUGGUGACGUUAUAGUUGGUGGUCUACUCAACAUUCACAUUUCUGGCACUAGUGAUCAAUGUACUGAGAUUUCUACCACUGGGCUGGGAUACGCAGAGGCUACGAUCUUUGCUAUUGAGAAAAUUAACAAGAAUUCCACUAUUUUACCGAACGUGACUAUCGGCUACGAUUUAAGAGACUACUGUUUUAGCAAUGCUCGAGCCAUGAAAAUAGCCUAUGACUUCAUGUGUGAUGGCGAUUCAGUACAUAUGUCUAACCAAAACAUCAGCACCUCCCCCACAGGCUAUGUCACGGAAACCAAAACCAAGACCAUCUCAGCGUUAGUUGGCCCUUUCGAUUCCGCUAGCGCAGUGCUAGUAGGAAGUCUUCUUCAGGUUUCUGACAUUCCCGCCAUCAGCCCGAGUGCAACAAGCGAUGAAUUGAGUUCACAAAUGUACAAAAACGUUUUCAGAACCGUUCCACCAGACAACUGGCAGGCAAAGGUCAUGGCAGAUAUCAUAGAGCUCUUUAACUGGACUUACGUGGCGGCUGUCGGGUUAGAUGAUUCUUAUGGACAGAACGGUAUUUCGGCCUUGGAAAAAGAAUCAUACAACCGUAAAACAUUUUGCAUUGCUUUUUCUGAGUAUAUUCCACGGCUAGGUUAUUGGAAUAAAACCAAGCAAACUGUUCUCAAGAUUAAAAGGAGGUCUGAAGUGGCAGUGAUUAUACUUUGGCUUUCUGUUGGUUACGGAAGAACAUUUUUUGCAGAAGCAACUACGCAAAAUGUAGAAAAGACUUGGAUACUUUGCGACGCACUGUCCGGGCGGGGAACAUAUCUUAACUCUCACCUCACAAUACUAAACGGCUCCUUGGGAAUAAAGCCACAUGACUAUUCCGUUCUCGAAUUUGAAGAGCACCUUAAGACGAUCACCCCUGCAAAAAGCAUUGAAAGAGGCGCACACUGGUGGGAAGAGUUCUGGAGAUUACAUUUUAACUGUUCCGCCACAAACUCCAAACAGUUUGGGGUCGCACUUUGCGAAGCAAAUCUGACGGUAGACCAUGCGCCACAAAAGAUAGGCGGCCCCUUCGUUUCUUACAUAAUUGACGCUGUAUAUGCUAUUGCACAUGCCCUAGAUAACAUUUACCGCUGUUCUCUUAGUAUAAAUGGUGCUGGUUAUAUAGGAAAGUGUCCUCCAGUCAAGCCGACUGUCAAGGGACGUGAUCUGGAGAAAUAUCUCAAAAAUAUCAGUUUUGACGGGAUGACUGGUAAAGUGCGAUUUAACAAGUUUGGAGAUCCUUUAACUGCUUCAUACGACAUCAUAAACUUUCAGCUUGACUCAACCACCGGUAGGACUCUCAAACAUAUUCGGGUCGGAUCUUGGAACAAAAAUACCACGCCUAACCUCAGGGUAGAUUUGUCCAGGCUACGAUGGAGAACUCUCUACACCCCGUUAUCCUUUUGUUCAUCAGAAUGUUUGCCAGGUACCAGGAGGGAAUUCAACAGGCCAUGUUGCUGGGACUGCAUAAAGUGUCCAAAGGGAACUGUCAGUACUGAAAACGGAUCCACCAAUUGCACAAAAUGUGACUUGGAGACAAAAUCAAACGAAGAGCAAAACAAGUGUGAAAAAUUAGCGAUCAUUAACAUCACUCAUACAACCGCCUAUGGAAUCGCGAUAAUCUUGAUGGCUUUGAUCGGGUUUAUUCUCACGUUGUUAGUUUGCGGCAUCUACAUCAAGUUUUACAACAGCCCAAUCGUCAAGGCCUCUAACAGAGAGAUCUCUUUUUUGCUGCUCUUUGGCAUCUUAUCUCUCCACAUAUUAGCAGCCCUUGAACUUUCUGAACCCAGCCAUUCACUUUGCACCGCAGCAUCUUUCUGGCGUUAUUUUGCUCUCAAUCUUUGUAUCACGGUGCUCUUUCUGAAAACAAUGCGAAUAACAAGUGUUUUUGAGGUUGAUAAAGUGGCGCAGUUGUUUGCUCCCUGUUACAAAACCCUUACAAGGCAAAGUGUGUUCCUUUCUGUCAUGAAUUUAGCCUCCCUUUGUUUGUUGGUCCUCUGGAUUUUUUUGGACUCUCCGAGGCGUAAAAAGAUUAUUCGCUUUGAUGAGUACGUCUUCCUUGUGUGCAAACCUUUUGAAACAAACGCCGGCCUUGCACUCUUUAUCUCGGUGUGUGCUUACACGUUAAUUGUGGCUUUCUUAUGUACGUAUUACGCUUUCAAAGCACGAGGAAUUCCCGAUAACUUUAACGAGACAAGGUACAUCGGCUUCUCUAUGUACAUUCUACUGUUGUCAUCGCUGGCAUAUUACCCUGUGGCGUUUGCUUUUGAGAGCUGGUACGUGACAAUUGUAUCUUGUACUACGACGUUAGUAACUUCGUUCGGUUUGUUGGGAUGCAUGUUCGGACCCAGAAUCUACAUUCUCUUUUUCCAGUCCCAGCAAAACACCAUCGAAAGCAUCAGGUCGCAGGUUAUGGGUUUCUCCUUUAGUAAUGUAACUUCAACCAGAGCUUUGCCUGGACAAAUUAAUGAAGAAGUACCUAACGGUGAGCUGGAUACCGAAAAUUAA